GGCUCAGUGUCAACGUUCAGCUUGUCUCCAGUAUGAAGCUUUAUCUUCACUCAGCCUGUCAGCUCGCCUUCCUGAGCCUCUGCUGCGUACUGAUCGCAGUGAGAGAGUCAGACAGCACGUUUGUCCCGGGAAGAUGUUUGUGUCUGGGCACGCAACCAGGUGUCAGGGGGCAACUGAAAGAUCUCGCAGUCUACCCAAAGAGCCCCAGCUGUGACAAAGUCGCAGUGAUAGUGACACUAAAGAGUAACAAUACUCCAGUGUGUCUGAAUCCAGAUGCACCCAUGGGCAAACAGCUGAUUCGCUGCUGGAAGAGAGCUCACAAGUUGGGUCGUGAUGUGAGGCUGUGCCUGAAGAGGAGGAGGAGGAGGGGCAGAGGAGGUCAGCGCCAGCGCUCUCGACAGAGGAGCCAGGGGCACAACAGGAGAGCUUCAUCCUCUAACUCCCAAUAGUCAGCGAGUCUGACAGAUGAUAUAAAGCUACUGCAUGGAGAGAAAUCUGUUCAUGCUGAUUCUUGCCACACUGUGGACGCCCAGGCCACCAGAGGCCGUUAAAAACCAACACCCUACCACUUUUCAUUCCCUGAAUGUCAAACGGCUGAGACAUCAAGCUCCCCUAAACUGUCGUCUGAGCUGUAAAUCUCUUUGCAGGCCGCAGCAGGGGGCUUUAUUUUUUCUGUGCAAAUGACUGAUGUAGUGUUGAAAACUAAGCCCUGGAGGCUUGUCAUAAAUGUUAACAGUUUUAGCUUUUACACACUGUUAAAUGGUCAAUAUAUUGUUUAUGUGUAGUUCUGUGGAUGCAGCUGGAAAAGCUAACUGAAGACACUAAGCCGGUUAUUUAUUUUUAUAUUAAUGUGAGCAUUGUUUUUGUAAAUAAAUAUAUCAGAUCAA